UCGCUGCUUCUCCUGCAGACUCCACAAGUUGCUCUUCUCGUGUCGGACCCCUGAGACAGAAACGAUGCCUGCAACUCGCUCCAAGACAGUCCGGCCUCCGACCACACGGAUGAGUCUGAGGAGCUUCCGCAGUGUCGCCCUGGUUCCCAUGGAAACCUCGUCCUCGUCCUGCUCCGACGACAGCUGCGACAGCUUCGGCUCUGACGGAGGCUUCGCUAACACUAAGAGCAACCUGAGGGCGGCCAAGCGGCUCCCGCAGAAGCCCGCGGUGGUGGAGGUCACUUCCGAGGAGGACUCCUGCAGCGGGUUCGAGGAGAGCAUCAACAGUCAGAUGGAGGCCAUGAACGUAGACCCCGAGCCUCCGAGGCGCGGCCGUAAAUCCAGCGCCCUCAAGGUCGCCCUGGUGUUUCCCUCCAAGAAGGUCGGCAAGAAGAGGCCAGCGUCAGAACCUCUGGCCAAACCUCCGUCCAGCAGCUCCCAGGAGGACGAGGAGGACGAAGAGAACUUCAUGUUGAAGAGAGCUCUGAACAUCAAGGAGAACAAGGAAAUGCUGGCGAAGCUGAUGGCAGAGCUGAACAAAGUUCCAGGCCUCAUCCCAAGGAGGACGUCCUCCACGCCGUCCACGCCUCGAGCUCCUCGCAGGUCUCUGGCUGCUCUGAGGCGGAACCCCGAGCGUUCGUCCCGCGUGCACACGCGCUCCCGCACCAUGGUGGACGGACCCCCCAGCCCGACAUCAGAAGAGGAGUCCGAGGACAAGUUCAGCCUGGUCCGCAGGAGCCGCUACUACGAAGAAGUUGACGAUGCACCUCGCCGCCGCUCAGUCCCAGGAUCCAAGGCCAUCGCUCACGUGGUGCGUCCCGUGGAGGACAUCACGGAGGCGGAGCUGCUGGGCAUCUGCACCUACGUGAAGGAGAAGGUCUACAACAGCUCCACGGGAUCGACUUGCCACCAGUGCCGGCAGAAGACCGUCGACACCAAAACCUGCUGUCGUAACCCUGACUGUGUCGGCGUGAGGGGCCAGUUCUGCGGGCCCUGUCUCCGCAACCGCUACGGCGAGGAGGUCCGAGACGCUCUGCUCAACCCGGACUGGCACUGCCCGCCCUGCAGGGGGAUCUGCAACUGCAGCUUCUGCCGGGCGCGCGACGGCCGCUGCGCCACUGGAGUCCUGGUCUACCUGGCCAAGUUCCACGGAUACGACAACGUGCACUCCUAUCUGAAGAGCUUGAAGAAAGAGCUGGAAGAGAGCGGCCUGUGAUGCGUGGCCCCGGACCCCGAGUCCCAGUCCCUCUGACGGAUCUGCACGUCGGAGACCUUCCUCCUGCUGAGUUAGCAUUGUUCAUACUGUACAUUGUGACUAGCGUCCUGUAGUUUGGUUGCUUUGUUGGCUCCACGCCACGGUUGUAAAUGUGUAGCUCUGGAGACGCUGCUUUAGUGCCUUGUGUAC